AUGUCGACCAGCGCGCCCCUCGCCGUCCUCCUCCUCGCCACCGCGGUGGCCCUUCUCCUCGCUGCAUCGUCCGUCGUUCCGACCGCCGCCGCCGCCGCCGUCAGCGGCGGCAGAUAUGGCGGCGGUGGCAGGAUGGUGUUCGUCCACGGCCCCGGGACGACAACAAAGCAGGUCGGCGGCGCUCGUGGCAACGAGUGGCGGCACUACCUGGCGCCGCGCGUGGAGGACGAGGUGGCGCCGGAGUUCGGCGGGAUCCUAGCGACGAAUUCGGAAGGCGGCAGCAUCUCCUCUGGCACCCUCAACAAGGACAGGCCGGUCUGCCCGAGCGGCAGCCAGUGCGCUGCCAGGGGAGGAGGCUCCUACACCCGGCCGUGCACGUACAAAAACCAGUGCCCGCACUGA